CCAGUCAGAAGUCAGUGUGUGGUAAGCCGGCCGGUCGCACCGGCUCCUUUUCUCUCUUUGCUCCGUUGCACUUUCGCGUCCCCGAAAAAUCGUGCAAAUACUACGCCCGACCGGGGUUCAUUCAGGUCGACCGUCGUCGAUCGAUCCCUAGGCCAGUGCCAGAGUUUUCAUCCGGAUAAGGCAUCCUUGAUCCGCGAAAUCGUCGCGAAACCUCUUGGACACAUUCCUUGGCAGCUCGCGUUCAGAAAUCAUCUUGCCGGAGCUACGGUUCUACAGUGUUGACGUCUGUCUCGGAGAACUCUGCGUCGGGAGACAAUCGAUUUCCAUCUGGAAAGUUCUCCAAAGUUCAUUCACAGGGUGGACUAAUUCGAAUGUUGAACAUUUCGUGGAAGUUCGCGAGAAGGGGCACUCGACAUUCGAAGAAACUGGAAGAGCGGGUAGAUGGGACCCAGCGGUUGGCGCGUCGGUUGUGUGGCCGCUUAUUAUGAUAAAGUUCGCGCGAGAGGGACUUGAUAGUGAUUUUUGCGCGCUUUGAAGUUAACAAUCUGGAAAAUUGUUUUGGUAGCGAAGGAUAAACACCGCUGGAUCGAUCGAGUUCGUCGGGAAGGAGAUGAAUAUGCUCGUGGAUGUAACUGCGAUUUUGCGCGCUGAGAAUUGAGUGCCGUUGGUUUCGCCGGGGGAACGUCGAGCGUCGGAUUCUGUUUAUUGUUUUGAAAUAGAGGACUGGUUGUUCGUCGAGAGGUCGGUGGCACUCGGAAAGUGGGUUGCCGGCACCCGAAAAUGUGAGAACGAAGAUGCGUGAAGUAUAUCGGGCGGUGCACCAAGUAUUUACGUCGAAGGCAGUUCCGUUCUGGUUGCGUUCGAUUUAGGAAGGAAAGAUGAUCAUGACGCACACCGAAGAAGCGACGACGACUUACGAGUCGAAAACGUCGACGAAACAAAUGAAUGGACACUCAUUGGCGAACAGCGGCAGCCAAAAGGCAGAAGAUCCGAGUAGCAAGACGACCUCGCCCUCCGAGGGCCGGCACGCCGACGGAACAUCCGGCUCGUCCGUCCUCGAGAUGGGCAGCACUGACUCGGCGGGCAGCGCCCACGGUGGCGGUUCUUCUUGCGGCCUGGUUAGCUCCCUGUUCCCAAGUAGCUGUCGCGGACGGGCGGAGGCAUUCGCCAGACGUCUUCAUCGGCGACUGACGUCGCUGGGCACCGAGGACAGUUCUCAGAAGAAUUCGGACUUGACUCCGAAGGAGACUUCUUGGCUGUGUCCGCCGUCCGCCGCGAAGCCGAUAGCGAACAACUUAACCCAGAGCAACCACGUGCUGCAACAUCAACCGCGUCACAGCACAGAGGCCGAUCUCUGUUACGAUUUUGAUCUGGACAUCGAAGACGGUUUGAAUUCGCCGGCGGAGGAGGCCACGGCUGCCGAGGUCGCGGACCUCUUGGUGAAUCCCGAGGUGUUGAAGAUAAACCACCGAGAAACCUGCAACUGCUCGUCGAACGGCUCGAGCGCGAUCCUCUCGACGUUGGACUUGGAAUCCGGCUGCGUGUUCGCAUCGCCUAUCACCGGAACCUCACCCGACAGCGACUCCUCGGACAUCUUCUUCGACCCGGAGUCUUCCGACGUCGAGAAGAAAAACGAGGUCUACUUCGAUCCCGUGACCACCUCGGACAGCGAGGUCACCACCUCGAAUCUUUCGAAUGGCUGCGAGACGAUGAAGGGCAAGGGCAUGGUCUAUCGCAGGAGACCGGAAAUCAGCGUGGAGCAUUCCGAAGACACGUCGGAAUCGAGCGCCUCGUUCAGAAGGAACAAUGUACGAGACAGUGAGCUCAGGAGUAACGAGGUGGAGGGCAACUCGGAGGACUCGAACGAAAGAAGCUCUCUGGAGACCACGUCGCCCAGCCACGAGUCCCUCUGGAGCACUUUCGACGAGAGUACAGUGUCCCUUCAAGAUGAUAACCCGUCUCGGGUUAAUUCUACUCUGACAACCCUUCAGAAUCGGCUGCCGAAGUCGCAUUCCGAUUCCGAGAUACCUGUUCACGGGCCUAAAAUACUAAUCUCUCGAGAGUUGCACAUACACGAGGACAAGGUGCGAUACGACGUCGACGAGGUGGAUUUCGUUAACGGGCUUUCCGAGAAUGGCAAACUCGAAGACAUCAAGAACGCAAGGAACCUCGCAAAGGACGAAUCCCAGGACUCUUCGGAGAACACUGCCGAAGAGGAGCUUCCGUUUGACGAUGAAAAACCCAAGGACGCAAUUUUGUUGCAGCCCUUGCAGAACAAUCUCAGUUUGAAGAUAGACGACACCCUGGCUAACGAGUCGGACGACCACUCCACUUACAGCAGCAUGAUCAGUAUACCGGGUGCGCUGACGUUGGAGUGCCCCUUCGGCGAGGAAGCCGCCGAACCGACGCUGAAGAACGAGGUAAAACUGCAGAUCGAGAACGGCAGCGUGACGAACAGGAACGACGAGGACAAGAUGUGCCUGCUGCUGCAGAAACUGACCACCAGUCCGACGGUCAGGGUCGACAUUCCUAUACCUAGUCAAGCGCCCUGCGAGCCCGUCCCGGAGGAGGAAGAGGAAGAGGAAGAAGAGGAGAGGCCGCAGAAGAUCAGACGCUGCUCCUCGUUAAAAACCGGCAAGACACCGCCAGGCACACCUGGAAGGAAGAAGAUCGUCAGAUUCGCGGACGUGUUGGGUCUGGACCUCGCAGACGUCAGGACGUUCCUAGACGAAAUCCCGAAAGUACCUAAUUCGGCUUACAGCGACCUGAUAUACAACGACAUCUUCCAGAAGGAUUCCAGUCCAGUGAACACUGUGUCCAGCACGUGGGAAAGUGGGUACGCGGACAGCAGACGCGGAUCAAGCUCUGUGAUACCGCCCCGGAAGCCAGACAGAACGCUGGUGCCUUUGUUCCAACAGCCGGGCGGCAUGGCCAACUUCCUGGACCUCGUUCGGGAGCGCCGCGUCUGCCUGGAGAACGUCCUCGUCCAGGACCCCAUCUCCCUGUGUAUCCAGGGCACCGUGCGGGUGAUCAAUCUCGACUUCCACAAGUCCGUUCACAUCAGAUACACCCUGAACUCGUGGAGGAACUUCAGCGACCUGCAGGCCACGUACGUGCCCAACUCUUGCGACGGGUUCAGCGACAAGUUUACGUUCGUCCUCUAUUGUCACACGCUGACGAUGGGCCAGAGGCUGGAGUUCGCUGUCCGGUUCCAGUGUAAGGGCGAGCAGUACUGGGACAACAACGCCGGGGCCAAUUACUGUUUCCAGUGUCUGCCCGCGUCGUCCGCUGGCUACAUACCCAUCACAGCGUCGGAAACUCGGGGACACGAGUGGUCGCCGAUCUUUUAUUGACGGACCGCCCGAUCGUUGAUGUUCCGCGACGGGUUGCCGCGCGGAGGCGUGCACGUUUCACGAGGGCGAUGAGACUAGAAUUGGACCGGAUCAAGGCCAACCCGCGACCGAAACAGCCUAUGGAUUCAUAAACGUUCCUAAAGUGUACCUACUGUCACCGCAGGGGAUUCCCACGGAAGGGUAGCUACGAUUCGAGUUUUCAACACACGUGUUUCUAGAGGGAUAAGCUGGAACUUCGAGUCGGCGUUACUGAUUCUCUCCACUAAUUAUUUCGGGCUACUGGAUACGAAAGGAAGGGGACUCGAGUACGCAUGCCAUUCAGACAUGUUACCAAGUUCUGCGACUAUGUUGAUGAAACGCAUCUUUCACACACAAUACGCAUUGGUUGUGCGAAGAACGCCGGAGUUUUGCCUCUGUAAGAGCCUUUUCUCCUGUCAGAGAGUACACGAUAAUCUUGUAGAGGCAAAACCUCUGCUAGAACCUUUGAUGCUCGUGUCUAUGAAGUGAGUGACCAUGAGGCAUGCGAGACUAGACGAAAGGAGAAAGAGAGAUCGUACACGAUGUCUUCUUCGCGUAUUCCGUGCUGGAAAUUAGUUGACGGUAAACCGACGGGGCUUCCCCCUCGCGAGAGUCCUCUGUGCCACUGUACAUAACAGUCCUUGAAGAAGGAAGAACGAGUCUGAUCGCAAGAGCAGGGAUCACAUCGGCGUCAAUUAUUCUUUCCUGCCAUUUCCUCCUCGCGAGCUUUCGAGUGGACCGGAAGAAUAUGACGCGGCCGUUAGACUGAUAUUUUUUUACACGUUCAUUGUUCCUUGUUUGCACAAGCAUAUCUACACGCAUCUAUAUAAUAUAUUAUAUUAAACGCGGAGGUGCCAGGAAUGCGACGGAAUCUUUCAGCAAGGCUCGAACAAUGAGAACCACUGUAUAUAUAAUUUUCUAUGUAACUUAUUUUUCUCGUUUUUUUUCUCUUCUCUUUCUUUUUAUUUCUCUUUCUUUUUAUUUCUCUUUCUUUUUAUUUCUCUCUCUCUCUCUCUCUCUCUCUCUCUCUUUCUCUUUCUCCCUUUCUCUCUCUCUCUCUCUCUCUUUCUCUUUUUCUCUCUCUCUCUUUCUCUUUUUCUCUCUCUCUCUCUCUAUCUCUAUCUAUCUAUAAAUCUAUCAAUCUGUUUCUUUUAACGUUGACUAAUUUUUUAAGGGAAUUGAUUUUAACUCACGGUAUCGAGAAUAUUUUUUAUUGUCGCAAACGAUACCGACGCACGAAUUCGUGCUCGUUUCACGGAGAAAUUUUCUAUUGUUUGGAGUCGAGUUUUUCGAAGACGAAGCUCGCGCCGGGAACGAAUUUCUUUUUAUUUGUAUUAACGCGUGAUGCGUGUCGAUGCGAAGAUUCGUCGAAAGAUCGUUUCCUCUUUCUUCUUUUUGUUUUUCAAAUUGUGAGAGGGAAAUUUUGAAUCACGUGGAAACUGUAGACAAGACAAGCCAAGUGUCAAGAAUAUGUCGUUUGAUUCCUUGAUCUCUUUAGCGGGGUGGUCCAGUUGUAAGCGUGCGUUGAUUACAUCGACACCCGGUAUGCAAGCGGCUAAAGAGGCAGGGGAAUGAUGAACAGUCAUUUUCAUGGAACUGUAUGAAAUCUUGUACACAUUUCUGAGCAGCCUCGGUAUACAAUCGGGAUAAGCGAUGAAAGAAUUGCUCGCGCUAUGAUGCGCGAAAAAUCGUAAUAACGUUGUCGACGCAGUCCGAAUUAGCAGUCGAUCGUUAGCAGUGAUUCGAUGAUCGAGAACGGAAUCGAAUCGCAUGCCAACCAGGCAUAAUUUGUUCUGUGUUGUAAUUCUGAAGGUACGUAAUCAGUGGACUGCGGGUCUCUACGCAAGCUGAAAUUUUUCAAAAUAUAAUUAAAACAAGAAAAUUACUAUAGAGAAUGGUAUUUCCUAAGAAACAUUGCAAAGAUCGUUACGCCUUGGAUAUUUUAUAGAUUCUCUUCUCUUGUGCAUUCCGUGCGGCGUUGAACCUCGAAAUUUCCCAAAAAAUGCGUAAACAUCCGCAGUCUAUUAAUAAUCAGUUAUUUAGCCGAAUUGAAAGGAACCGAUGCCAUUUGUUAACGAGUUAAUCACCUUUGAUCUUGUUACUGUCUCGAAUUCGUAGACCGCAAUAACGUUGAAACACAUUUGAUCGAUGGUAAACAUCCGACGAGACGAUCGAACUCGAAAGUUCUAGCCAUCAUUGGAAAUCACAAGGUAGUAUUUCACGACGCUGUUACUCUGGUAAUAAUUAGUGUUUACUUCAUGAUCAUGAUCGUUGCCACUGGGUCUUGAAAUUUUCACUUUUGCAACAGACAAUAGGUAAUAUACAUACUUAUAAAGUUAAAACUACUGGUAAGAUGACAUAUAUGGAGAAUUAUCCUGAUAUUUUGUAAUAGUUGUCCUCGUAUAAAGUGCUGUCUAUAUAAUGGACAGUGAACUGUUUAUUACAAGAAUGUACACUUGCCUCUGUGGAUUCACACUGAGGUGAUUAAGUUUUCUUCCGAUAGUAUUCCGUUUGUUCUAUCACUUUCAGACUAUCCAUUUCAUUCGCGUUGGAUAUUUAGUGGUGUUCAUCUGUUUUCUUACGUAAAAUAUACCCAUAUUGUUGAAAGUGUUAUCUUUGUUCUUGUGAAAUGAGAACAACUGCCCCCUAUCAGUGUGAGUCCACGCAACAAAGUGUACACGCACGUAUGGUUUCAGUACUGGUGGUAAAAGUGUGUCUCGAAAACAAGUUUUUAUACAAAGCAUGCAUAUCAACACUCUCGCAGCUAUAUUUCACUUAUAGCGAGAAAUUUGUUAAUGAUUUUUACAAAGUUUUACAUUUAUAUCGCACAUGUGUUCCUAAGCGUCUUUUAUAUAUACAUAUGUACGUGUUACGAGGUUAUUUCAACUUUAUCGAUAUACUUUUUUAUUUCUAUCGAACUGUUAGUAAUAUUGAUGUGAAGAGUGAUAGAUUCAACACGAGAUUACGUUUUUUUUUUAAUCGUUAGACACAUUGUGACCAUCGUUACUGAAGCAUAAGAUAUUUAUAUAUUACUCGAACAGGUAUUAUUCAGAUGAUAUCGAAGCCUUGUAUGGUUACUUUGUAUAUAUAUCUACAAUACAAAAUAGAUUUCUAUUUUAAUUAACGAUAAAAACUAUAUUCUUCCACACGUUAAAACAAUAAAGUUAUCGAGAGUUUUAGAGGCAGUUUUAUAGUCAGAAUUAAGAAACGAGAUAUCUUAAUUAUGUUACGGAAGCUAAAGUCCUGUGUGAAAUAAUGGGAGUGUUUAACUAAUUCUCUAAUGAGUUAUCAUUACAUUCGUGCUAUCAAUCUCACUUUCAGUCAUUCUUUAUUCGAUUUUAUCAUAAGAAGAGAUCGCGUUACGUAAAAAAAAACGUGAUAAACGUAUCCGAGUAAAUAUGAUACGCGCUUGAGACUUAUUUGCAAGUAACAGUUUCAAAUUGUAUUAUUUCAAAGAAACAUGACAAUUUUUUUGUUUUUUAAUGUAUUUCUCAAGAUCUCUUCGUAUGGUGAAGUUCUCAAUCGACACAGUGUACAUAAUAAAACCAAAGUUAGCGAAACACUCUGUCUAGGCAGCUUCCGAGAAAGGCUUCCGGAACAAAUGUAACUUCUACUAUUCAAAGUUGUUAAGGAUUUGUUUAUAUGACAUGUACAGUGUGUUUCAUAUGGAAAAUAACAAAUUCUUUCGGGGAGAAAAGUUACAGAAACCCCAGUGAAUUACUGUUGCCUUUAUAAUUAUUUGAUUUCACGUAAUUGCAUAUAAUUCCCUCGAAGAAACGUCUCGUACGAAGUUUUCCCUUCGUUAUGAAACACUCUACCUACGUGUUACACGAUACACGAAUGAAGAGAAAUGACAAAUUUUAUAAUCGUUGAAUUGUCGAUGCACAAGUCUAUCUUUUACGAAUGCAACAAUGCCCGUCUUCGAUGAUGCCAAUGGGAAGAUUUAUCAUUCGAAACCGUUGCUAUUGUGAGAAACAGUGACGCCUGGAGUUGAUCGUAUCCGGAAAUAGAUUUUUCAUGAUGCCAUCGACCACAUUUUCAAAGAAUCUUGCCACGCACGAUCAAUUCAAAUGUUCACGGAUUCAAGUCGUUGAAUAUUCAUUACAAUUGUGGUCUCGAACGUAGAAAUAUUUUUAAAUCGUGCCAUUUUCUCUUUUAGAUUGACCAGCGACUACAGUAAUCUAUUGUAAACCGAUUUUAAGUAUUCGAAUUUUCUGCGCUUGUUUUGCCCAAAAUGAAUUUCCAAUUACUCGUAUAAUUUAAUAUAAUUCAAAUAUAAAUGCCACGAAUAAAUUAACUAAUAUUUUCAUAUUACAAUAGAAACGUUGUUCUUGUGGUUGUACAAACCUAAAUAAUAUUAGAACAAAAUGUUUGUAUUUUUAGUCUUUCAUGUUUUUUCUGUGUCUUAUGUAUAAUCGAGAACGUUAACUGCACAAACGAGGAAAUGAAAAAUAUGAUCAAAAGUGAUUUAUUACGUUGUUAAAAGAAACAGGAAGUUCCUAAAUGAGAUCGAUACAUAAAAGAAAAAAGAAAGAUUAAAUGUUCCUUUGUAAAUGAAAAACGUUUUGAAUCGAACAAACCGAAAUUGAAUUUUUUUAUUUAUUCUUCUCGACUAGUCUAACAUCGAUUCUUCACCCUUUAAAUUAACGAAUGUUCUUAUUCAUUGACAGAACAAAAAUUGGUCGUUAUUUUCUUCUUCAUUCGAAGGACAAGUUUCUGCGUUCGGGACGAAACCGAUUCAAUGAAAGCCAUAUAAAACUGUAGUAUAUUUUUCUAUUGUAACGUACGCGUAUGCAUGUGUCGCGUCUCUAGUCUGUAAAACCGUGAGUUUUCGUCCAAUUGCCGAGCCUUUUGUAAUUCUAAACGGAAAUGGAUGAUCGUUCGCUAAGGGGAACGACGAAAAAUGAAUAAUCGAAGCGGGGCGAAGGAUCACGCGUGUCGCGUGAUCACGAAUUCGAGUGAGAAUGCGAGUGAAAAGAUAUACGAGAAUGUUGAUGAUAAUUGUUUCCAUCCACGUGUGACAGUCUAUUUUUAUUUUACGGCCAUAAGUUUUUUAUCUGUUGUUUCUUUGCCUUCUUUUGUUUCGAAAGAAAAAACUAUCUAGUACAUUUCGUUUUAUUUUCCUAUGUUUUUUUUCCUUUAUUUUUUGGCUGUGAAACAAAUGAAUAAACGAUUAGACCCUGAACUGAAAUCAGACUUUAUUUGAAUUGUUUCGACAGUAGCUGAUGCACUAUUCGCCGUCAUCUGCUAAUUUUGUCUCUGUCUUCAUAUAUUAUAGUGAGUGGAGAAGGGAAAGCUUUUGUGAAAUUUAUAUCGAAGCUUUAUAAAAUAUUAAUAUUACAGUUACUGACAUUAAUAAUUAAUAAUAGUUAGUAUUAUCAACAACAUUGUAAUAUUAGUAUUUAAUUAGUCCAUAAACAUUUCACAAGAUCUUUUUUUUUGAAAAUCCAGACAUAUAUAUAUUUAGUUAGGUCACUAUUGUUCUCAGCCACUCAUACGUUUCAUCAUCUUGUUCGUUCCUUUUUUUUCGAAAUCGACGUACAUAACACACUAUUUGUAGAAAAAUGUGAAUAAAAGAUAAGACAUAUUAUAUCUAUUGGAUUGACGAAAGACUAAUGUCGUUUUCCGAUAGUACCGAGGAGACCAAUUACAAGCUACCAAUAAAUACUUUAUUACAGGGUGCAAUGAAGUCAAGUUUGUUAGUUACGAGAUGUCUGUUUGCGAGACACUUAACCUUCGUUGGAACUCGUGCGUUACUUUAUAUGAGGCUGAUCCGUUUAAUUAAUUUAUUGAGAAAUAAAUAGAAACGCGGCUGCUUCUGCGAGGAACAUCUGUCAGACGUUUCCAACGAGUAUAUUGAUUUGAGACGCGUGACAACGGAGAUUUAGGCAGAUUUCAGUCGAAUAAUUAAUAACUAAACUGCAUGAUUUUUCGAUGACUAAUCAAAUAUUUCGAAAUGACCGAUCUGUGUACUAGGGAGCAACAGAAGAAUUAUGUAAAAGAUCGAUGUCACUGUUAGAAAGUUUUCUUUAUUCAAAAGAGAAAUUUGUUGCAACGUGGUUUACAGCACAUAAGCAAUUGUAAUUCUUGUAAAAUCAUAACAAGCUUCUAAAUAUAAUAAUAUAAACAAUAGAUGCAUUGUCAAAUAACAACGCUAUGCAUUUAAGGGUCAACAUCGUCGUUGAAACAGAAUUGUUCGUCGGAAAUCUAUGGCGAUGAGUAUUCAUAAAUCGUACGAUAAACUAUAAUCGGAGCUUGUAAAUUACUUAUGCGAAUUCACGGCGCUAUCGGAAAAUGACAUUAUCAUUGAUCCAGUAUUGUUUACCUCUCUCGCGUUCGCAAUUGAAGAAUAAACAAGUUCAAGUGCAAUGCAUCAUCGAAUAUUAUGCAAAUUCAUAUUUUUAUAUAGAUGACUUACAACGACCACAACGAAACAAAAAUGAAUUGUUAUCGAUGAUUUUGUUGGGUUCAACGGAAAAGGAAGCCUUGUCUAAUCUGUAACGAAGUUCGGAUUUUAUUGCAUUUUAUUUGCUGUGGUAACGAGUGGUCCAUUAUGCUUCGCAGGUUUGUUAUUUGUUAUCGAGAACAUCAGAAAUAUUUGAUGUUUCAAUAAUAUUUAUUAUUUAGUAUAAUAUAUUUUCAGAAAAGAUAUUUAGAAAUCUUGUCGGAAGAAUAAUGAAUUACUUAUUGCUGCAUCUAAUAUUAUUAUUCAGUAUUUUGUAAAUUCACCUGAUGAUUCUACUUACUGAUCAUCUACAGUGAGCACAAUUUUUAUCGAUGAAUUUCAUAAUAAGGAUUAUUAAUGUAUAUUUUUGAUUACAUCGUUGAACGAAUUUCGCGCUUAAACAAGGUUUUCUUUUUGAGUCAGUUAUGGGAAGCGUAACAUUUUUAAAAUUUUAUUACAGAUAAAUUACGACAGAAUGCGUGAAAAAAUGUUCGAAAAUUUGUUCGAUUAUGAGCGUUUCUUAUCUCUCGAGAAAACGUCCUCGCAGAUCGCCGAGUCACUGAAAAACAAUGGUGUCUUCGUAAAAACGCGCCAACAACUUUAAAAUCAAGAACGUCUCUUCCCCGUCAUCUUUUUAAAUUCAGAUUUAAAAAUUCUUUCUCAUUCCGUAUUAAAACUUACAUUUUUAAUAUUAAUCCUCCGUUUCGUAAAACAAGCAAUACUCGAAGUAAGUUGAAUGCUACCGAUUACUCUCCAAAAUAUUCUGCAUUAACACGUUAAUCUCGCGAGUCGCA